AAUCCUUAUAUCCCAAAGAAAAAUAUUAGGAUGAACGAUGCCAAACAUUGACGUUUUAUACGUCAGCAUUGGUGGUAUUUUUUUUAAUUUUAUUAUCCGGGUUGGCUCAAAUGGGAGGUAGAGUCGCAGAACUGAACCUUUGGAUGAGAAUCAAUCGGUUCAAAAGGCAAAAGAUGCAGAUGGAAUGGAACACACGUGUUUUAUGCUAUAAACUGAGAGGUUGCUUUUCUAAUAACAAGAAUAAUAAGAAGAUUGUGGAACAAUACUCUCCCUUCUUUCCUCCGAAAAUCAAUCACUUAGAACUUUGCUUAAUCUGAUUUUUUUUUUUAAUUAUUUUGUCGAUUUGACCUGUAAGGAUUUUGAUCAUUACUUAAGUUUGUAGUUUGAUUUUUGCAACUAUGAUGAAGCGGUGCCUUUCAAAGAUUGCUAAUUGGCAUUUGGGUUUCAGAAAUUCUGCUUGUUCUCUAGUCGAAUGCGAACCCCGAUGCAAUUUUCAGGGUUUAAGUAGGGAUGGAUUUGUUUUGAAGGCGUAUGCAACUUCUUGUGCUAAGUUACCAUCAGAAGAUUCACCAAAUACUAAUUCAAUUUCUGAUAUGUUAAUUGAUUCUUUUGGAAGAAUGCACACAUACUUGAGGAUCUCCUUGACUGAACGUUGCAAUUUACGGUGUCAAUACUGUAUGCCAUCUGAGGGAGUGGAGCUCACUCCUAACCCUCAGUUACUCUCCCAGAAGGAGAUUGUUCGUCUGGCCAAUCUCUUUGUCAGUUCUGGAGUGGAUAAAAUUCGUUUGACUGGUGGUGAGCCGACUAUUAGGAAGGAUAUUGAAGAGAUAUGCUUAGAGUUAUCUAACUUAAAAGGGCUCAAGAUGUUGGCCAUGACUACCAAUGGAAUUACUCUUUCAAGAAAACUCCCAAAGCUAAAAGAUUGUGGGCUUAAUUCUAUAAAUAUCAGCUUAGAUACAUUGGUCCCUGCUAAAUUUGAAUUUAUGACCAGGCGGAAAGGGCAUGAAAGGGUUAUGGAGUCAAUUAAUGCUGCUGUGGACUGUGGGUACAAUCCUGUAAAAGUGAAUUGUGUUGUAAUGCGUGGAUUCAAUGAUGAUGAGAUCUGUGAUUUUGUAGAGUUGACUCGCAAUAGACCGAUUAAUAUUAGGUUUAUUGAGUUCAUGCCUUUUGAUGGAAAUGUCUGGAAUGUCAAGAAACUUGUUCCCUACUCAGAAAUGUUGGAUAGAGUGGCGAAGAAGUUUACAGAGAUAAGGAGACUUCAGGAUCACCCAUCAGAUACAGCAAAGAACUUCAAGAUAGAUGGGCAUCUUGGUGCUGUUUCUUUUAUUACCUCAAUGACUGAGCAUUUCUGUGCUGGUUGCAAUAGAUUGCGACUUUUAGCUGAUGGCAACUUCAAAGUAUGCCUCUUUGGUCCUUCAGAGCAACAAUUUGAUGCAUGCUGAAGACAUAUCAAGACGACAGAGUCCAGGAUAAGAUGCAGUUUGAUCAAGACAUGCAGCGAAUGAAGCAAAAUAGAAUGAGACGGCUGCCUGUUUAGAACAACUUUCUUGGGAUCCUUCAUCAAAUAAAAAGCUUCAAUUGUAGUGAGAAAUAUACACAUGGCCAUCAAUAUAAGAAAUUAUUUUUGUUGGAGAUGCUGAAAGAACAGAUUUUAAAGUUUAGAUUGCAGAAAUUCAGAAAGGAUCGAGUUUCCUUUGAACUCAGAGAUCAUAGAGUUCUCUCAAAUGAGCUCUAAUUUUAACGAGAUCAUUGGAUUGCUGAAGAACAAUCCCUUAGUACUUGAGAGAUUGUCGGGUUCUCUCAAGAUUGAGUCCCACUUACCAGUAUGUUGGAACAGAUCACAAACUUGGAUCAUGGCGCAUGAGGAUAAGUGCCUUUUCAAGGGAUUGAUGUCAUGGUUCUUAAUUUCAAGUUUAAUAGCUAUAGAAAUCAUAUUACGGCUUUGUAUGUCAGUGGUGUUCAGUUUAUUCUAGGAAUUAGAUGUGUUUAGUGUUUCUAUAUAUGUGGAAUUAGUGAAUGCAGGAAAGUAUCAAGUGGCAGUUAUUUCCACCUGUUGUAUUAUAAUGCAGAAGUUUAUGAAUGAAAAUCAAGUUGCAUUUACUGAGAAAGAAAAAGGCCCGAGUUCCUUAAGAACUUGAGAUCAAAGGGUUCUCUCUAAUGAGCCCUUAUUAUCCUUUUAACUAGAUCCCAUAACCUGAGACCAUACACAGGUAGCCUAGGUUCUGAAUUGUCAAGUAAUCUAUGUUGGACCUGAUUAAUGUUUAUUUUGGAUGCGGUAAUCUCAUCUUAGCUUUAUGAUGCAGGAGCAUAUGUGAUUCGGAUUUUUUAUUUAUCAUGGUGUUAAUAUUCUAAUUAAGUUGGUUCAAGUGUCUUUUAGUUUUUAUUUAAUGUCUCAAGUUUCAUUUAUUUAAUAAUGUUGUUUAGGUUACUUUUGUUUAAGUUUCUUUCGGUUAAUAUUUAGGUAGGCUACUUUGAUUAGAUCCUUUAUCAUGGCUACAUAAAAAAGGUUGCUAGAAGACCAUCUAUUAUUGUAUUUUGAUUCUAAAUUUUAAGAAAGAGGUUUUAUCUAAAUCUAUUAUCUUUUCUCUUCUUCCAACCAAAAUCAAUUUUUUCUAGCCUAAUUGUUGAGAACUAAUUGCCUACCAAUUCCUUCAACUGUGUCAACUGGUAUCACAGCGAAAGAUUCCAUAUUCUCACAAGGGUUUUUAGCUAGUAACCAUGGUUGGCAGAGGCAAAGGACGAGGUAGAGGCAACCAGCCCCAACAAAUCGAGAUGGCUGAGAUGGAGAGAUUGAAUGAGGAAUUGACCUAUGCUGUACAAAGCCUUGCAGCGUCUGGAAAAAGUGGGAGCCUAAAUGGAGAAUUCAGAAGGUGACCAGAGCACCCUCAGGAUUCCAGGAGAUCUUGAUGUUGAUGAUGAAUUCAAAGAUGAAAUCCCUUUUCAUGAAGCUGGACCCACAAACUGAGUGGCGUGAGGUGGAUUGCAGGAGCAAUCUCUUGAUUUAAAUGGUGGAGUUGAGGUUCAAGUCGAUGAAUGCAAUUUCAAUGAACCAAUUUAUGAUGAGUAUAUUGAUGAUGAAAAGGAAGAGAUUGAUUUAUUUCUUGUCAAAUAGUCUCUUCUUGUUCAACAUGUUCUUACUUCUAUAGAGCAUUUGGAGAUUUAGUUGUGAUGUUAUUACUGACAAUGGAAGUGUGGGGAAUAUAGUGUCAGAAGCAUUGAAAAAGCAGAAAUUUUGACAAUCCAAGAAAAACUUGAACUGAAAGAUAAUGAAAUGGAUGGUAUCUACGAGAAUGAGGACAGUCCUGCAUUGCAACCUUUGAAAUAGGAAUCGACAACACUUUCCACUUUGCAUAGUCAUCUUCUUCGAAUCAAUUAAAUAAUAAGGAUUCUGAAGCUGUUGGGAUUAUGUGAAAUUUCAUACAUUGUGCUAAUUUUACCUCCUGCGAAAGAGAAUAUACUUUGGAGAGGCAUUGACUGCAUUAUUAAUAUGGUGACUUAUUUUAUGAAGUACACAUGAUGAGUGUAGGACUAGAUUUAAGGUUAAACAACUGCCAAGGAAGCAUAAGAAAAUUUUUGAAGAUAUUUUCUACAUAAUGCAAAAUUCUUCACAAAGGACCGUGUGCUGAAUUUCGAAGAAAAGGUUUACGGAGGGGAUUAAUGCAAGAGCACAUACAAUAUUCAGUUUUCUUAGUUUAUCGUGGUUCUGAUAUUCUAAUUAAAUUUGGUUCAAAUUUUUUUAGUUUUCUUAUUUAAGGUUCUUUAGUUUCCUUUAUUCAAUGUUGUCUCAGUUAGUUUUGUUCAAUUUUCUUUCAUUUAAUAUAUAAAUAGGUUACUUCCAUUAAAUCUUUUCGAGAAAACUUCAUUAAAUUACCUUGUGAUUUAACGUAUUUUCACUUUAGGAUCUGUGCUUUGCUUUUUUCCACUUUAGUAUCCUGUGAAUAAUGACCGUUGGCAAAUAACGACUAAAUUGUACAAUUCCUUUAAGAGACUUUAACGUGGCACACAAUAGCUACUAUUCUUUCAACUGUCACGUCAGCACUUGCUAACGGUAUUAUGCAAUUUGGCCGUUAUUUGCUAAUGCUCAUAUUGACAAGGUACCAAAAUGAAAAAAAAAAAAAAACUAUAAAGUGAAAAUAUGUUAAACCACAUUUACUGAAGUUCUCCCAAUCUUUUAUUACUGCUAGUAUAGAAAGAAUUGCUAGAAGAUCAUCUAUUAUUGUAUUUUGAUUCUGGAUUUUGACAAAGAGGUUUUAUUUAAACCUAUUAUCUUUUCUCUUGUUCCAACCACAAUCAGUCUUCUUCUAGCUUAAAUGUUAAGAACUAAUUGCCCACUAAUUACUUCAACUGCGUCAUUGUAGCCCUUUACCACAUAACACCGUACACCAUUUAUUAUGUGUUUGGUUGUAUUUGAAAAUCUUGUCAAUAGGUUAUUCCUGUGUCAUAGCAUAUUCCGUUUGUUAUGUUGCUUUUGCUCAACCUAAAAACCUUUUGAUUUUGAUCAUCUUAAUGCGCAUCCUAGAGGAAUGGAACCAUUGGCUGUUGAAAAGAGCAAGAGAAACAUUUGAACAAGAAGCUUUUAUUCUUGAGAUCAAAAUGGACUGAAUAUAUACCUGAAAUUAUAAAAUGGUGGCAGUGGAUACAGACACGUCAGAAAUAGUCCUAGCUUGGUUUACUAAGAAUGUUCACUGUUUGUUGUUAUUUGCAUAGUUUUUUGGCCUACUCUGUUAUAAUGCAUAUCACUUUAAUGCCCUCACUCUGUAUUUUUUACUAGUGUGUUCCCU